AUGGUGAAGAAAAGCAAGAAGAGUAAGAGCAACAGGGUAUCACUGAAGAAGAAGUACAAGAUUAUAAGGAAAGUAAAAGAGCAUCACAAGAAGAAAUCCAAAGAGGCGAAAAAGUUGGGCCUUAAUAAAAAGACUAAGGCAGAGAAGGACCCAGGAAUCCCCAAUGAUUGGCCAUUUAAGGAACAAGAGCUUAAGGCUCUUGAGGCUCGUCGUGCUCGUGCUCUUGAAGAAUUGGAGCAGAAGAAAGCUGCCCGAAAAGAAAGGGCUAAGAAGAGAAAGCUAGGACUGAUUGAGGAUGAUGAUAUGAAUAAACCUCCCGACAUGGCUUCGACAAUGGAGGAACGAGGAAAGGGCGAUUCAGCUACUUUUGUUAAAAUCCAUGAUAACUCGGAAAGAGCUUUCUACAAGGAGUUAGUCAAAGUGGUUGAAGCUUCUGAUGUCAUUUUGGAAGUGCUUGAUGCCCGAGAUCCUCUUGGUACACGCUGUCUAGACAUGGAAAAGAUGGUCAUGAGAUCGGGACCUGAGAAACAUCUCGUGCUACUCCUGAAUAAAAUUGAUCUUGUCCCUCGGGAAGCCGCACAAAAGUGGCUAAAGUAUCUGCGAGAGGAACUACCAACAGUUGCUUUCAAGUGUAGCACCCAAGAGCAGAAGUCAAAUUUGGGCUGGAAGUCUUCCUCAAAGGCUGGAAAACCUACCAAUCUUUUGCAGACAAGUGAUUGUCUUGGAGCUGAGACUCUCAUAAAAUUGCUAAAGAACUACUCACGGAGCCAUGAGAUUAAAAAAUCAAUCACUGUUGGUAUCAUUGGUCUGCCAAAUGUUGGUAAAAGUAGUCUGAUUAAUAGCUUGAAGAGAUCUCACGUAGUCAAUGUUGGUGCUACACCUGGAUUAACUAGAUCCAUGCAAGAGGUCCAGUUAGACAAGAAUGUUAAGUUGUUGGACUGCCCUGGGAUUGUGAUGCUUAGGUCAUCAUCACAGAAUGAUGCAGCUAUUGCUCUUCGAAAUUGCAAGAGGAUAGAGAAGUUAGAUGACCCAGUUGGUCCUGUAAAGGAGAUUCUUAAACUAUGUCCGGCCAGGAUGUUGGUAACUAUAUACAAGGUUCCUAGCUUUGAUUCAGUCGAUGACUUUCUUCAGAAAGUCGCUACUGUUAGGGGUAAACUGAAAAAGGGUGGACUUGUUGACAUCGAUUCUGCAGCAAGGAUUGUGCUGCAUGACUGGAAUGAGGGGAAAAUACCAUACUACACCAUGCCCCCGUCUAGGAAUGAGGGGGAGCAUUCAGAGGUAAAGAUAGUUUCAGAACUUGGAAAAGAGUUCAAUGUUGAAGAAGUUUAUGGAAGUGAAUCCUCGAUUAUUGGAAGCCUGAAAUCAGUCGAUGAUUAUCACCCAGUUGAAGUUCCAUCUAAUCACCCUAUUAACUUUGACGAGACCAUGCUAGAGGACAAUUUGGAGCAGCCAGUGACUCGGAGUGCUAAUGCAACAGACAACCUUGUUAAUGAAGACAGAGAUGAGGCGAUGGGCGCAGGAGAAGAUGAUGCAGGCCGGACAAGUGGCAAGAGUGCUAGUAGCAAACAAAAUGAGAAGUUAUAUACUGAGAAAGGCAUGCUAGAUAACAAACUUAGAAAAGCUGAGAAGAAAAGGAGGAUGAAAGACAAAGCCUCUACUACCAGUGAUAUGAUGGAUGAUGAUUAUGACUUUAAAGUAGAUUAUUUCAAGAAGGAAUCAAUCAUGGAUGAUGCUGAAGAUGAUUUGAUUACUGAUGAAAGCAAGAAACAGAUUUGAGAUACCAUCUGGGAUUGAGUUGAAUAAUAAAUGAAAAGAGCUACCGCAAUGAAUCAUCGUUUCCGGCGGUGGACAUAGUUUUCCGAUACUUGUACCGGUGGAAGAUACCGGGUGCGCUGUAUAACUCGAGGUGCGCGUAAGCUGGCUCGACCUCUACGUUAUUGAAAAAAGGAAAAUGUUGUUUUUUAUAAGAUCUCAUGGUGGAAAGUUAUUUGCCUUGUAAUUUUUUUUAUUUGAGAUCAAAAUUUUCCUGCUAACUACAUAAAAUUAAGGCAAUUAUAUUUUAAGUAAA